GCACCAGGUGUGGCCACUAGCCUAUAUGAAGGCCCAAAAUUGUGUGUUCCUUUCUGCUCUGACAAUGGCAUGCCCAUUCGUGCGAGAUGUGGUGGAUGAAGAAGCACUUGUGCUGAGGAGAGCCUUCAGGCGAGAAAGGGUCUUCAGGGACCGGUUGGACCCACUGGCCUUCCCUGAUGACCAUCUAUAUGAAAGAUACAGGUUUUCUGCAGAUGGCAUCAGGUAUCUAUGCAGACUACUGGGUCCCAGGAUUAAGCACCGCACUGCACGGAGCCAUGCACUGAGUGUGGAGCAAAUGGUUUGUGUGGCCUUGCGCUUUUUUGCUUAGUGGAGCCUUCCUGUACUCAGUGGGGAUGCAGAACAGCUGAACAAGGCCACAAUUUGCCGCACAAUAAGGAGUGUGUGUCUGGCUAUCAAAGCAUUAGCAGAUGUCUUCAUCUCCUUCCCUGGCCACAGAAGACUCUGUGACAUCAAAGAGGAGUUCUAUAGGAUUGCAGAUGGUCUGCAAUGCUGACUGUGUGAUCAGCAAUGUUGUGGCAAAAUGGCCUGGCUCAGUCCAUGACUCCAGAAUCUUUCGGGCCUCUGAAAUCUAUCAGUGCCUAUCACAAGGUGAAUUCUCUGGUGUGUUGCUGGGAGACAGGGGGUAUGGCUGCCAGCCUUUUCUCCUGACACCUUUCACAGACCCCCAGGAAGCACAGCAGGCCUACAACCAUGCCCAUGCCAGGACCAGGGCCAGAGUUGAAAUGACCUUUGGCCUCCUGAAGGCACGCUUUCACUGCCUUCACAAAUUAAGGGUCAGCCCUGUUAGGGCAUGUGAUAUUACUGUGGCUUGUGCUGUCCUCCACAAUGUGGCCUGCCUGAGGAAGGAGAGGGCCCCCAGAGUGCCACCAGCCAUGGACUGGGACAAUCCGGCAAUCUUCCCUGAUGACGACAGUGGUCGGCUGCUGAGGGACCAAUAUGUGUUGAAUUAUUUUAGUUAGUAUGUGUGCUUUCAAUUUUGGUUAAAUAUGUCCUGCGGUGGCAGAGGAAUU